CAGUUACUAAGUCUUCAUUGUUUAGGACGUCCUCACAACCUCAAAUCAAUAGAGCUACCUUGUCGUUCCUUUGACUAUUUCAUGGCACUGCUACAAUUCUUUCUGCCACGAUGUCUUUCCUGAGUGGUUUCGACACCCCACUACGUACACGUUCUUCAGCUAAGUCAGACUAUUACUCGCAAUCGUGCUCGGUGUUGACAACACAAACUCUACGUAUCAAACGGUAGACCAAGCUGAGAAAGAAUGAAGCCCGAAGCAGAGUUACUGUCUCUUCCUUCAGAACUAAUAUUGCAUAUUCUAAGCUUUCUUCCUUGGCAAGACAUUAUACGUUGUACAUCCCUUUGCAAGGCCCUUCGCGAGAUAUAUUUGUUGUCCUCCGAGCUUCAGUAUAUCACCGAACUGGGUGGCCAACAACUGCUCCCUGUUCUCAAUGGUUCUCUUCCUGUUUCAGAGCGCCUACAACUCCUGAGGGACAAAGCCCGCGCAUGGUCCAAGUUCGACGUUCACUCUUCUGAAUCAAUCUUUAUCCCAGUACAAUUCCGUAGACGAACGAAGGUGUCUGUCGUUAAUGGUCAUGCCUGCUUCUGGAAGCCGACUAUGCACUCGGGCAAGAUCUUUCCGAUAGUACCCAGGCCCUUACAACAAACUAUCGAGCGCGAUUUCUCUCCAGAUUCGCUUUGCUCAAUUCCCACACAGAGACAAAGCGACUUUGACGUUUUGAAUGUUUUGAUGGACCCAGUGCAAAACCUACUCGCCAUUGUCUAUGUCACGGUCGUUAGAAAUGGUGGCCUGGUGUAUGACGAGGCGUACUAUAUUGACCUUGUAGCCCUGGAUGGAGACUGUACCCACCCUCAAGCUGCUGGACGGACUCUGUUUCUCUCUGACUUGCCAAAACGCAAGAACUUUGUUACGAAGAGUACGAAAAUCGAAGGAUUUGGGAGGCAUAUCGCUUUACGACUGUUCGACGAUCAGCUGCGUAUCCCUUCAUUUACGUCCAGAUGGUGGUUGCAGAUUUGGGACUGGCAACACUCAACAACGUCCAAGUGCAUCCUCAGCGGCCCAAUAGUAGAUCCAGAUUUCAACGAGAUCGACGUUUGCUUCCUCGGAAACGACAGAUUUUUGGUUGUCAACGACGAUUUGAAGCUCUAUUCGAUCGAGGACAUGUCUCAUCCACCGCGAUUCCUGGCUCGCUUCUUGUUGCCCGCAUCAGUGGUGAAUUUACGAUGCUUGACUCCGACGAAUGAUAUCGCACGUAGCCCACACCCUUCGCAAGCAACAUGGAUCUCGGAUCCUAAACAUCGACUGAUCUCUCUUGUCACGUGGAAUUCAGAGCUUUACUUCAUCAUUUCUACUAGGAUUUUUUUCGAGGCUGACUUCGUUGACUCGGAAAGGACGAAAAUACCAUGGGAGUCUUGGGGUCCUCCAAACGCUCAUGUUGUCCCGCACCGAUUUUCAUGCAAACUUAGCGUUAGCGGGAGUCGAGCUUUGUAUGCAUUCGCGUCCGGCGUAGAAUUGAAUGACGGCUUGAUCGCAACAGAGUACAGGAUAUAUCUUAUGGACUUCAGUCCGUCGGCUGUGAAGCGCCACCACGAGCAAGGCCUAGGAAGAAUGGUGAACAAGCCAUCUAAAGUAGAAAACGUCAAGACGGGUGAAUGCAUCACGACAUCCAUGCCCUAUGUCGAGGUCGUGUCUCACAAAACGUUCAGUCAUGGCGAGUUUGUUGAGAUGUGGCUCGAUAGAGACCGACUUUAUUUGCUGAAGAACCAUUUUGAUAUCGAUAAAAUAGAUCAGUUUGAAGUCAUCGAGUUUUGAAUCGUGCAGCUAGUAGAUCGUUGACUUUCAAGCUGUUUAGACGACUUGUGAGAGCUCUCAAUAAUAUUACUUACCACUCGCAUUUUCCUCCCACACUAAUAGUAGCACCAUGAAUUUGAAUAUGUCCUGCUCUUGCUGAACGAUGUCCUU